GAUAGUCACUUACAAAAUGCCAAAAAUUAUUAAUUGUAGUGCUCGUCUUCGAAAUUUUGUAAAAGAAUUUGGUGAAGACAUUUUUUCUUGUGACAAUGCUGUACUUUUUUGCAAAGUAUGUGGUGUUAAAGUAUCUGCCGAAAAAAAAUAUAAUAUUCAACAACAUAUCGCUAGAGGUAAACAUAUCCAGCAGCUAAAUAUUAGAAAUCAACAAGAAAAACCAAAAUCUCAGCUUCUAGUCACAGGUAUGUCAAUGAAGUCAUCAUUCAACGAAGAACUGUGUAAUGUUUUUUUGUCCGCAAAUAUCCCUCUCACUAAAUUAAAUAUACCAACAUUUCGCGAUUUUCUGCAUAAACAUACAAAACAAAUUAUUCCUGACGAGUCUACGCUUCGAAAAAACUAUAUAGAUCAAUGCUAUACAAAUAGGUACUAUUAUUAAAAUUAGAGAUUACGUCAGGAACAAAA